UAAAACAUCGCAAAUAAGCUCCCCUUGCGGCUCACUGGAGCACAACAAACAACCAGUCUGCAAAGACAUCUACUGUGUAAAUACUUGCCCACCUUGUUUUGAUCAUAGCUGCUGGGUUCGUGUGUGCUUCUUACUAUCGACUGGCUGUAAAAACAAUUAAAAAGUAGCUCUUGGCGCGAUCUCGGCGCGAACCAGCUCCGACACAAAUUGCAUACCGUGCACCUGCAAAUACGUUUCCUAAAGCGGCCUUCAAUUAAACUACUUUGGUGUAAGCUCCCUGAACGUUUUGGCACCUGGAGGCGCGCCCGCGUUGGUUCGCGCGGACCCGCCGUGAGGGACACCCCGCCUCCCUGUCCUUGACCACUCGGCAGCAGCAGCAGCAGCAGCAGCAGCAGCAGCAGCAGACCCCGUCAUGACCGGCACUGGCCACGGCCACGGCCACGGCGGGCUGGAUGACUCCCCGGGCUUCCCCACCUCGUCGCCGUACCACUCCAAGGACACGCUCAGCCCCACCGCCGCGCCCUGGGCGCACCCGGUCCCCCGCGCCCCCGGCGCCGGGUCCGGCUCGGGCUCCCCCUCGGCCUCCGGAUCCGGAUCCGGAUCUAGCUCCAGCGGCCUCUCGCCGGCGGGCAGCCUAGGGCUGGGCGGAGCCGCCCUCCGCCUCCCGGGCGACAACCUCAUCACCCUGCCCCGGCUAGGUGCGGACCUGAGCGGCGGCGACGCCGCCGCCGGCGCUACCUUCUCCCUGUCCCUCAUGGGCGGCGCCAGCGGAUCCAUGCCGGCGCCGGGAGCCGGCGCCGCCGCAAUGGCGGCGGCGGCGGCGAGCGCCGCCGCGGCGGCGGGCCCGCGUAAGGCGCCGGAGGCGGUCAUCGACGCGGGGGCGCCGCGCAUGCCGGCGCGCGUGGGGGCGGCCGGGGGCGGAGGGGCAGCGGGCGGGUAUGGGUUCGUGCCGGCACGCAAGCGCAUCAUGACGGCGGAGGACCUCAAGAGGUUCCUGGAGGGGCAGACCGUCAAGGACCUGAUGGCUUUCAUCCUGUCCAUCAACGAGGCGGUGCAGGGCAAGAAGGCCGGGCUGGGCCCCACAGGCGACCCCAGCUACGUCCCCUCGCCCGCUGUCAGCCGCAUGUGCGGCCUGCUGGACGCGCUGGGCGCGCUGGUGGAUGCCGUGCCGCCAGAGCAGCAGAGCCUCAGGUAUGGCAACCCUGCGUUCCGCACCUGGCACGCCAAGCUGACGGAGCGGGGGCCGCUGCUGCUGGCGGCCGUGUUCCCCCCGGACGAGGAGGAGGGCGGGGCGGAGGGGCAGCAGCAGCAGCAGCAGCAGGAGAAGGCGGCGUCAGUAGCACCAUCCGGGACACAACAAGGGGCCGACACGGCGGCAGCAUCUGGGGAAGCGGCAGCGGCUGCAGCGCCCGCAUCCGCAUUUGCGGCGGAGGCGGAGCCCGAGGCGGGCCAAGCCGCCGGCGCCAGCACCAGUGAACAGGCGGAAGCCGCCGCCGCCCCCUCCUCCUCCUCCUCCCAGCAGCAGCAGCAGCAGCAGCAGCAGCAGCAGCGGCGGCUGCCGCUGCGGGCUGCGGCUGUUGUGGAGCUGCUGCCGUACCUGCUGGACAGCUUUGGGAACGCCACGCGCAUCGACUACGGCACGGGGCACGAGACGCAGUUCGUGGCGCUGCUGUACUGCCUGGCCAAGCUGGGCGUGUUUGGGGAGGCGGACCGGCAGGGUCUGGGCCUGGUGGUGUUCAAGCAGUACCUGGAGCUGAUGCGCAAGAUACAGACCACCUACUGGCUGGAGCCAGCCGGCUCUCACGGCGUGUGGGGCCUGGACGACUAUCAGUUCCUGCCCUUCAUCUGGGGCGCGGCGCAACUGAUUGGCCACCCCAUGAUCAAACCCAAGUCCAUCCACAACCCAGACAUCCUGGAGGCCUACGCGGGGCCGUACCUGUAUCUGGGCUGCAUCAAGUUCGUCAAGCAGGUCAAGAAGGGGCCGCUGGCGGAGACGUCGCCCAUGCUCAACGACGUCAGCUGCGUGCCCACCUGGGCCAAGGUGAACAGCGGCAUGAUCAAGAUGUACCAGGUGGAGGUGCUGUCCAAGUUCCCCAUCAUGCAACACUUCUUCUUCGGCUCCCUGCUGCCCUUCGAGUAGCAGCUGUAGUAGCAGCCGUGCGGCAGUAGCAGCAGCAGUUGCAGUGGCAGCAGCAGUGGCAGCAGCAGUGGGCAAGUAUUAGCAGUAGCAGUGGCAGUAGCAGGGGUUGCAGCGUCGUGGGUGUAGGACAGUAGCAGGCAACGUGGCUGCGUUCACACUCACGGCGACGGGGGUUACGUGCGUGUCCCCUUUUGCUGUUGCUGUUGCUGGGGUUGACCUAGGUGCCCCUUUAAAAGCAGGGCGGGGGAGGCUUUGGCACAGUUGCGCAGUUGUUUGCACCCGUGUUGCGCAGUUGUUGCGUUUGUUGCUUGCUGCAGCUUUGAUAAGCUGGUCUGUUCAGCGAGUCCAUGGCGCGCGGGUCUUCGCGUGUUGGGGGGGGGGGGCGUUGGGCGGUGGCACACGGUGGAGAGGUGGGAAGUGUGGGCGGCCCUGAUGCCAACCUACGAUGGAGUUCUGGACUCAGGAAAGCAUAGUCAGGAGGCCGGCAGUUGCAUGGACUGUUAAGUGCACGGGCCGUGCAUCACACGAACGUGUAAAACACACACAGC